AUGUGCUGCUCAUAUAGUUCAACUAAACUCAUAUCGAAUUUAGUAUUUGUUUCUCUCACAGUCAACAUGCUGCGUUUAAUUUGUCUAGCUUUCCUCCUGGCUAUCGUAGCCGCCAAGCCACAUGAGGAGAUAACCAAGGAGCAUGCCUCUGAAGUGGCCCAUGAGUGUAAAGAGGAAACGGGAGCCACAGAUGAGGAUGUGGCCCAAUUGAUGAAGCAUGAGUUGGGCGAGACUCAUGAGGCCAAAUGCCUAAGAUCAUGCAUCAUGAAGAAGUUUGAAAUUAUGGAUGAUGCCGGCAAAUUGAACAAGGAAAAGGCUUUGGAAUUGGUUAAGGUAAUGAGCAAAGACAAUGAGGAGACAUCUGCCUCAUUUUCAGAAAUCGUAGACAAAUGUGAUGAAAUUGAAGUGCCUGAGGAUCAUUGUGAUGCUGCCCAUGCCUAUGAGACUUGCAUCCAUGAGCAAAUACACGAGCACGGCCUGUCUUUGGAGGAGCAGUAAAAUGACCACACCGAACCCAACGCUAACCUCAUGGAAUAGAUAACAAUUUGAAAUCGAAAGCGCUACAUUAAUUUUAAAUCUCUCUUAUUUUUCCCUUUUUCUAUAUGUAUAUAAAUAAACAUGUAUGUGUACUUGCAAUUAGUAAAUAUAUAUGAACUAGUCCUUAAGCAAUAAACUGAGCAAAUGUCAAAAAGUCA